GCUGGCAAAAACUUUGAAAAAGGUUUCGAACCUGCACUGGGUCUAGUACCUGGUUAUAAGCCACUACCACCAAGCUCAGACAUUACGUAUGAUAUUGCCGAUGAGGACAUACCGGAGUCGUUUGAUUGCCGGGUGCAAUGGCCCGACUGUUAUACCGUUAAGGAGAUUAGAGAUCAAGGAUGUUGUGGUGGGUGUUGGGCAUUCGCGGCAUCGGAAGUAAUAUCCGAUCGCAUAUGUAUCGCAUCAAAGGGCAAACAACAGGUAGAGGUCUCUGCGGAAGAUGCGCUCACCUGUAGUGGGGCCGGUACGUGCCAGGGUGGUUUCCCAAAUAGGGUGUUUGACUACUACAUCGAUAGUGGUGUCGUUACCGGUGGGCUGUUAGGCAGCCAUAAAGGGUGUCAGCCCUACACUAUUGCCCACACCAGCCCGUGCCCUAAGGACCUACCGACCCCUAAAUGCGAGCGAUCGUGUAUUGCCGGCUAUAACCGUACGUACACUCAGGACAAGCAUUUUGGUAGUAAAGCCUAUGGCCUGAAAGUGGAAAGCGUACAAAAGGAGCUCAUGACAAAUGGACCUGUGUGUCACGCCGUGAAACUGAUUGGUUGGGGUGUGGAUAAUGGUGUGGACUACUGGUUGGUGGCCAACUCGUGGGGCACCACGUGGGGCGAGCAAGGUUAUUUUAAGAUUAUACGUGGCACUAAUGAAUGCUGGUUCGAAGUGGGUUUCGAAACUGUUUUACCAAAGUUAGAAUAA